AUGACGAGCCAGCUCGCACGUCGCUGUCUCAGCGUCGGCACCAGCGCCGAUGCAUAUGCUCGACGCUGCGCUGGCAGCUGCUGCGUUUCAUCAAUCGGGAAGCUGCCAACACGAACCUUUGCAACGUCCUCUGCAGCACAAAAGGAUUCCGUCACACUUCAAGCUGGACCGUUCGACCCAUACAAUGCUAUCGUGGCUGAAAUCCCCAAUUCGUCCCCAGCUGUGGACGGUGGGCCUCUGAAAGGCUGGACAGCGGCGAUCAAGUCCAACAUUUGUGUCCGUGAAACUCCCACCACUUGCUCCAGCGCAAUGCUGCAGAACUUCACGCCAACCUUCGACGCCACGGCUGUGACCCUUCUGCGCAGAGCCGGCGCGAUACCUCGCUACACUACAAACUGCGACGAAUUCGGCAUGGGCUCCACGAACAUGCACACGGUACACGGAGCUGUGCGCAACCCUGCGUCUCCCGCUUCUAAAGGAGGAGAAGCUUGGGAUCCGCAAGCGGAACGAGUUGCAGGAGGAAGCUCGGGUGGCUCCGCGGCGGCUGUCGGCGCAGGCUUGGUGAGAUUUGCGCUCGGUAGCGAUACGGGUGGCAGUGUACGCUUACCGGCAGCAUACUGCGGGGUGGUCGGGCUCAAGCCGAGCUACGGCUUGGUCAGUCGUUGGGGCCUCGUGUCAUACGCGGACAGCUCGGAUACCGUCGGUGUGCUGGCCAAGACGGUCGAAGAUGCAGCGACCGUGUACGAGGUUCUCGCUCAGCACGACUCCAAAGAUCCGACAAGUGCGAGUGUAGAAGCACGAUCGGAAGCAACCACCAAUGCACAGGACGUUCUCAGCUCGCUUACCUCUUCAGACUCAUCACAGCCGCUCAAAGGUCUUCGUGUUGGAGUGCCAAAGGAGUACUUCCCCGUCGAAUUGCAUGCAAGAGUGCUUCCGCCGUUCAACCGUGCAGUCACCGCGCUCCAAAAGCUCGGGGCCGAAAUCGUUCAGAUCUCCCUGCCCAGUACGCCGUCGGCGCUCAGUGCCUACUACAUCAUCUCUUCUGCAGAGGCAAGCAGCAAUCUCGCCCGCUAUGAUGGAGUCGAGUAUGGCUUUCACAAACCGCGGGCAACGGGUCAUCAUGCAUAUGCAGCGACGCGCACUUCAGGUUUUGGCGACGAGGUGCGCAAGCGUAUCUUGCUCGGUACUUUUGCUUUGACCGCCGAUGCGUUUGACAAUUUCUUCCUUCAAGCGUCGCGCAUCCGAUCUCAAGUCCAGAAAGAUUUUGCGUCUGCAUUGCGCAUACGUGAUGCGUCGAGCAAGCACGACAACACGACGGCAUCUCAGGAAGGCGUAGAUGUCAUCAUCCAUCCUUCGGCCGUGGACACGGCACCGACGCUCGCCGCGGCGAUGAAGGGAGGCGAGGCAGGUGCAGCAGAAUACGUUCAAGAUAUCUUGACCGUGCCUGCGAGCUUGGCAGGGCUCCCGGCUUUGGCGUUGCCGGCAGGUGUCGCCGACGAUGAUGGCUGGCCGGUCGGAGUCACACUCUUGUCUCAGUGGGGCUGCGAUAAAUUGCUCCUACACGUGGGCAAGCACCUCGAGACACGUCUCGAUGCAGAGUAG